UAUUGUGAUUAAUUUUUCAAAGAUUUUACAUUUUUAAGUAAAAAAAAAAAAAGAAUUUUAAACUGUUGCAGCCUUGAAUGGUUUUUACGCCUUUUUUUAAAAAAUUCUUGUAACCCCCUGCGCCAAUUGGAACUCCAAAAAUCAAACCGGUCUUUUUUUCCCUUCUCUGGGCCUAGAGAUCUCCUUUUCCUCUCUCUAGAAAUUCGAUUCUGAUCCAAGCACAGCCGAUUUUUAUUUUCCUAUAGGGUUUGAAAAUCAAUCAAUCAAUCCAAGAAGGAUCCCAAAACAUGUCGGCACUCUUCAAUUUCCAUUCUUUCUUAACGGUAGUGCUAUUGGGAAUCUGCACCUGCACUUACUUGAAGAUGCAAUUUCCAGCAAUCCUUGAACAGAGAACUGGGUUCCGAGGUUUCUUUUGGAAGGCAGCCAGAAUAGGUGAACGUUUAAGUCCUUGGGUAGCAGUAGGAUGCUUCACAAUGGGUGUGUCAAUCAUAUUUUUCUGAGGCUCGUACAGAAGUCAGAUCCAUGUUUUCCACGUGGGCAAGUGUCUCUUUUUCACAUGUUUAAAGGAUUCUUUUGAUGAAAAGAGUUUUGAAAACACUGUUGCAAGCACAAUAUGCAAACUUAUUUGAAAUGUAUACGAUCAUUCUUUGGCUGCUUAUUUGUCGAUUAUUUUUUAGUUUGUCUUCUCAUCUACCACUACCAGUGUUGGACCUAAAGCUUAUGCAGUUAUGGUGGAUGACUGUUGCAAAACUUGAUUCCUUUCAUUUAUAUUAUCAAAUCUCCUAGUCUUGCUUCUUCUCCCCAACUUUUAUAUUUGAAACUCAUUUUGUGGGUGUGUCAAUCAUAUUUUUCUGAGGCUCGUACAGAAGUCAGAUCCAUGUUUUCCACGUGGGCAAGUGUCUCUUUUUCACAUGUUUAAAGGAUUCUUUUGAUGAAAAGAGUUUUGAAAACACUGUUGCAAGCACAAUAUGCAAACUUAUUUGAAAUGUAUACGAUCAUUCUUUGGCUGCUUAUUUGUCGAUUAUUUUUUAGUUUGUCUUCUCAUCUACCACUACCAGUGUUGGACCUAAAGCUUAUGCAGUUAUGGUGGAUGACUGUUGCAAAACUUGAUUCCUUUCAUUUAUAUUAUCAAAUCUCCUAGUCUUGCUUCUUCUCCCCAACUUUUAUAUUUGAAACUCAUUUUGUUGCUCAGUGUGGUUUCCUUUUUAUUUUUUUUUAUUUUUUAUCCAUUUAAAUCUGAUUUUGCAUAUAGGUAAGUGAGUCAGACUCAAGAAAGAUCAUGAAGGAUUGGGGUGUGAGGGAGAGAGACAUGAUUAUGGUUGGUACCAUACCUAGGCAUCUUACAUGCUUGAUGCAAACCAUGGAUUAUAGAUGCAGAUAAGAAGAGAAAGACAAACCGAACUGAAAUUAGGGCAGUAGGUUACUUAAAGCUGAUAGGAAUACAUACAAGCAAUGGCAUAAACAGUGAGCUGGAUUGGGGUGCGAGGGAGAGAGGCAUGAUCAUGGUUGGUACCAUACAUAGGCCUCUUAUGUGCUCGAUGCAAACCAUGGAAUAUAGAUGCAGAUAAGAAGAGAAAGACAAACUGAACUGAAAUUAGGGUAGUAGGUUACUUAAAGCGGAUAGGAAUGCAUACAAGCAAUGGCAUAAACAGUGAGCUUAUCUUUGAAUCUCCUCAAAAUUACUACCUUUCCACCACUCCAAUGACAUAAUGAUGGGAUAAUCUUCUUGAUAGGUUUCUUUCCAGUACUGCUUUCUUUGAUGACUGUCACUGUUUCUUCAUUGUUUUCUUCGACUUCACCCCAGUGAAGUGGAUAGCUCCGCAAAAACACUCUUUUAUUCUUGUAAUCUUGGUAGCGAAAGCUCCUAGUUCUCAUCCCAUCUUCCUCUCCCUCUACUCCUUUGCAUUCCAUACCUAAGAUAUGCUUAAUUUGUGCCCCAGCCUGAGAAUUGUCAGGCAAGUUGGCUUAUAUAUAUAGUUGGGAGAACGAGAGGCCUGAGUGUGUGAGAUAGCCGUAUGGGAAUUGGGUGGCUGACAGGAUGACCAGGACAUAAAAGUAAGAAGAGAUAACCUGAAAAUGAUGGAAAACCUUACAGCAUUUGGUUUUUCCAAUGCUAAGUAGGAAUAUAUCUUCUAUUAUAAUUUUGUAAUAUGCUUUUGAUUUUCUGCAUGCUGCCUUGGUGGGGUUUCAUUUCUUUAUCUUUGUGAAUUAGAUAUUCAUCAUUGGUGGAUUUAUUUCAUGAGAUGUUGGAGAAAUUGUAGGCCUUGAAGAUUUUUCAUUCAGUUUGUAAGGAAAGAGCAUGAUGUAGAACUUGGCACUUAGUUCAGUUGAUUCAACAGUCACUUUUAAAACAUGAUAUUUAAUAAGUCUAUGAUUUAUAUUUCAGCACUUUAACUCUUUCUUUUAUAUUUGAAUUGCGACUUGCUUUAUUUUUUUUUAAAAAAAGGACCGUACUGUAGCAACAGAUUUGUUACCUGUGAAAUUGUUCUCUUAUUGGGUCCUAUAAUUUAUUGAGUUUUUCCCCUUUUAAUACUUGGAAUUGGGAUCAGUAGCUAGAAUGAAAUGAUCAGUCCUGAAUAUAUUCUGUAGCGUUUCAUUUUCAAGUUCCAACAAUUUAGAUAGUAUUUUUUGAUCAUGGAAAGAUUUUUCAUGGCUUGUUAGAUAUAUAUUUAAAGUUCAAACCAAAUAAAUAUCCUCCUGGUUGGAGACUGAUUUAACCCAUGACUGAAGGAUGUGGGGACGAUGAGUUUGUGUCAAGAUCACAAAGUCUACUACCUGUUUUGUUUUGUUUUGUUUUGUUAUACUAUCACGUUCAAUGUUCAUCUACGUAUUGUUUGGAUUUUGUCCAUAGGCCAACCUAUGAAUAACAAAACUUUUCCCCAGCAAUGAAAGAUAGAAGACAAAAAAGGUUCAUAAUUUGCCUUUAAUGGACUGAAAAUAUCCAAAGCAUCCUUACGG